CCGCAGGAGUUUGCAGUGCUGACCAAAGAGCUGAACCUCUGCCGGGAGCAGCUGCUGGAGCGCGAGGAGGAGAUCGCCGAGCUGAAGGCCGAGCGCAACAACACACGACUGCUCCUGGAACACCUGGAAUGCCUGGUGUCCCGUCACGAGCGCAGCCUCCGGAUGACGGUGGUGAAGAGGCAGGCCCAGUCUCCUGCCGGCGUCUCCAGCGAGGUGGAGGUCCUCAAAGCUCUGAAGUCCCUGUUCGAGCACCACAAAGCUCUGGACGAGAAGGUGCGGGAAAGGCUCCGAGUGGCUCUGGAGCGAGUGUCGGUCCUGGAGGAAGAGCUGCAGUCGUCCUCACAAGAGGUUGUGACUUUGAAGGAACAAGUCAAACGUCGGCAGCAAGGACUGGAAUCUGGAAAAGAGCGGCUUCCCAACGGCCCGUCUUCCAUCCUGGACGACGGCGAGGUGGACCGACAGAGGGAGGGCGAGAUCGAGCGGCAGAGGUCAGAGCUGGGGCAGCUGAAGGAGAGGCUGGCCCUCAUGUGCCGACAGGUGGGGGAGAUCGAGGAGCAGCUCACGUCUGCCAGGAGGGAGCUGGCCCGAUCCGAGGAGGCCAACCAGAAACUCCAGCGGGAUUUAAAAGAAGCGCUCUGUCAGAGGGAGGACAUGGAGGAGAGGAUCACCACACUAGAGCGCAGGUACCUGAGCGCCCAGAGGGAGGCGACGUCUCUCCACGAUAUCAAAGAUAAACUGGAAAACGAGCUGGCCAGCAAGGAGUCCCUCCACAGACAGAGUGAAGAGAAAAACCGGCAGCUUCAGGAGCGUCUGGAUGACGCCAAGCAGAAGCUGCAGCAAACGCUGCAGAGAGCCGAGACGCUGCCUGAGAUCGAAGCGCAGCUCGCUCAGAGAGUGGCGGCUCUCAACAAGGCGGAGGAGCGUCAUGGUAACUUUGAGGAGCGGCUGCGACAGAUGGAGGCGCAACUGGAGGAGAAGAACCAGGAGCUCCAGAGAGCGAGACAGAGGGAGAGGAUGAAUGAUGAACACAACAAGCGCCUCUCCGACACCGUGGACAAACUUCUGUCAGAGUCCAACGAGCGGCUGCAGCUUCAUCUGAAGGAGAGGAUGGCCGCUCUGGAGGAGAAGAACGCCCUCUCUGAGGAGCUGUCCAACAUGAAGAAGCUCCAGGACGAUCUGUUGGCCAACAAGGACCAACUCAUAGCGGAGCUGGAGCGUCUCCAGCUGGAGUUGGAUCAGCUGAGAGCGAGGCCCGGGGGCUCCUAUUCGAGCCGCUCUCUGCCGGGCAGUGCCCUGGAGUUGAGGUACUCACACGGAUGCGGGUCGCUGCCAGCCGGCUCCACCACUCACCUGGACCCCUUUGGGAACACCUCCGCCAUGGCUGUGGGGCGGCGGAGAGACCGGGCUCGCUGGAGCUCGGCCCGCGAGGACUCGAGCAAGUAUUCCGACUGGGAGAGCGGCGCUCUGUCGGGAACCGGCUAUGAGCCGGGUUUGGACAUGGGCUGCUCCGAUGACGAGGAUGACGCCGAGCGUCAUUUUGGCUCGGAGCUGCUGUCACCCAGUGGACAGACGGAUGUGCAGACGCUGGCCAUCAUGCUGCAGGAACAGCUGGAGGCCAUCAAUAAGGAGAUCAAGCUGAUCCAGGAAGAGAAGGAGAACACGGAGUUACGCGCCGAGGAGAUCGAGAGCCGGGUUAGCGUGGCGUUGGACAGCCCGCCCGUUCCUCCCUCCUCCCUGGGGAGAGACGGCGCAGGACGGGGUUUCAUCCCUUCAUCCAUCACAUCCUCCACCCUGGCCUCUCCUUCUCCGCCCAGCUCGGGAACGUCCACCCCGCGGCUGCCUCACUCCCCGGCGCGUGAGAACGACAGACAGAACAGCAAAGACGACGAUCGAGCCCUCGCUCUCAUCGACUCCACGCCUCCUUCCACUCCCAUCCUGUCCAGUCGGGGUCUUCGGCUGGACCGGAUGGCGCUCACCCAUCCUGGAGCCAUGCUCGACGACCCCCGUGAGUUUCGCAGCCUUUCUGCAGACGGCAGCAGCUCCAACAGCAGCCAAGAUUCUCUGCACAAGUCCAGUAAGAAGAAAAGCAUCAAGUCUUCCAUUCGUGGGUUUUUCGGAAAGAAGGAGAAAGGACGGCUGGGCCAACCCGGGCGCGAUGGAUCUGCUUCUGCAGCUUCGACACCCUCUGAAGACAUGUCCUCCGGAGAUGCCAUGGGGAUAAACAAGACCGGCACUCUUGGUCCGGCAGACAAAGACCGCCGCAGCAAAAAGAAGCACGAACUGCUGGAAGAAGCUUGUCGUCAAGGGCUUCCUUUCGCGUCUUGGGACGGGCCGACUGUUGUGUCUUGGUUAGAACUGUGGGUGGGAAUGCCCGCCUGGUACGUCGCGGCCUGUCACGCCAACGUGAAAAGCGGCGCAAUCAUGGCCAACCUGUCGGACACGGAGAUCCAGCGGGAGAUCGGCAUCAGUAACCCGCUGCACCGCCUCAAGCUGCGGCUGGCCAUCCAGGAGAUGGUGUCCCUCACCAGCCCGUCGGCCCCGGCCAGCACUCGCUCUUCCACCAGUAACGUGUGGAUGACCCACGCAGAGAUGGAGUCUCUGAAUGCCGCCACCAAGCCCCCGGAGCUGAAAGAAUUCAGCUGGGAUCAGAUACUGGCCUAUGGUGAUAUGAAUCACGAGUGGGUGGGCAACGAAUGGCUGCCCAGUCUGGGCCUGCCGCAGUAUCGCAGCUAUUUCAUGGAGUCCCUGGUGGAUGCCCGAAUGCUGGACCACCUGACCAAGAAGGAGUUGCGAGGACAGCUGAAGAUGGUGGACAGUUUCCACAGGGUCAGCAUGCACUACGGCAUCAUGUGCCUGAAGCGCCUGAACUAUGAUCGCAAGGAGCUGGAAAGGAGGAGAGAAGAGAGCGUCCACCAGAACAAAGAUGUGAUGGUCUGGUCCAAUGAGCGUGUGAUGUGCUGGGUGCAGAGCAUCGGGCUGAAGGAGUACGCCGACAACCUCCGGGAGAGCGGCGUGCACGGCGCUCUGCUGGCUUUGGACGACACGUUUGACUACACAGAUCUUGCGCUGCUACUGCAGAUUCCCAAUCAGAACACACAGGCCAGACAGCUCCUGGAGCAAGAGUACAACUCCCUCAUCUCCAUGGGAACGGAGAGACGACCCGAUGAGGACGGAGCAAAGACGUUCACACGCUCGCCCUCCUGGAGGAAGAUGUUUCGGGAGAAGGACCUCCGCGGCGUGACCUCUGACUCCUCCGAGACCCUGCCUGCUAACUUCCGUGCCUCAGCCAUCUCCACUCCAUCUGUGACCCUAAGAAAAGUUCAGAGUGAAGCCAGCUCUGGUGCCCGGGGUGAAUCCGCCUCAGUGAGGACGUACUCCUGUUGAGGGGCUGAGGGGGCUGACCGGACCGGGAGGAAACGGACCUUCUCGCUCAUCCGUGGAGAAAGAAGCAAUUAAUAUAACCAUUUUAACUUCAAAAUAAACGUACGUCUCCGACCAUUUUGCAAUAACAGAAGCUAAGGAAGAAAUGGGAAAGUGACAUGAAGAAUGUAUUCUCACAGUGGAAGGGUCGAGAGCUGUUUUCUCUCCGUCUUCUCUCCUUUACGGCCGCUGUGGGCUGAAUCGGUUAAGGUCGCUGCAGGAUUCCUGUCAGUCAGGAAGAGCAGGACUUAUUUUAUUACCCUCAGUAGACGUCUCUUACUAGCAUCUUUCAUUUUUAAGGAUUGAAAGACAAGAGCACCGCUAGAGGGAGUGUGAAAUUAAGUCUUUGUCAGUCGGCUUUGGUUGUCCUGUCACCAUGAAAGAAAUGGAUUCAGAACACAUCCUCUCAUAGACUGUAUAUGAGAACUGGACUGAGCAAGUGUGACAUCACAGACGGCCAAUACCAGAUGUCAGAAAGCAGUGAUUGGUCUGAGUUGCCGUUUCUAUGGCAACCACUCUCAUCAAUCAGGAGUGAGCUUGUUGGAAGGUUGGACAUGGGGGUUGACAUGCUUUCACCGAGCCAUCUGAUUGGUCCGUCUAUAACCUGAGUCACAUCUGUUCAUUUCUCUCUAGAAGUCAGUAGGAUUUUGAGAGGCCAAUAGAAAAUUUAGCAACUUAAGGCGGUUACGUAAGCGGAUUUUUCCUAAACUUUAUGAAAUCCUUUCAAAAAUUAUAUUAAAUUUUUUUUUUCAGAACUAUCAGCUUUUUAAAUGUGAAUAAGCUGUAACUGUCUAGCAGUUUAGUGUGAAGAUGAGCUUCAAACGGGACAGAGAACGUUUAUCUUUUUAUUUCUUUCAAGUCAAUAUUAAGUACAUCUGUUUACCUCAGGAGAAAAAGCAGACGAAAUGCAGUUUUCUCUCGGUGAAUCAGCUGAUCAGAGCAGAGAAAAUGCAGUUUUUUUCUUUGUGAAUCAGCUGAUCGCUGAUAAAAUGUUGCUUUUUCCCCUGUGAAUCAGCUGAUUAGAGCCGACGGAAUGGCGUUUUUUUCUCUGUGAAUCAUCUCAUUGCCAACAAAGUGUCGUUUUUGCUCUGUGAAUCAGCUGAUCACACAACCAGUUAGGGUUAAUCAAAGAGAAAAAAGGUUGAAACCUUAAAACGGGGUUCCGGUUUAGGACUUCCUGUUUUGCAGCUGACUUCGGCAGGGGGAGGGGCUUCUGGCUUUUUAUUUUCGAGCGCCAUAUUUAUUUUUUCUCUUGAGGAUUUUGGCGUCUUGGAGCCGCCAGGUACUUCCUGUUUGGAACACCGGGGGGGGCAGAGCCAGUCCUGUUCUCAUAUACAGUCCGUGGACCCUCCUCAGGCGUAUCCGUUAGCACCCGAGUGAUCUUUUUUUGGAUUACGGAGAUGAAAGCUUCAGGGAGGGAUGGGACGAGGCGGCCCGCAGAGACACUAACUAGGUGGCAGGAAACCCUUCAGUCACUGGAAACUAACUCGUCUUAAAAAGGUUAACCCUUUGGUCUGAAACGAGAACCUAAUGUUUUUCAGAAGUACUUAACUCACGAACGGACGGCACUUUAUUACAGAUCUUAGAAACGCUUGUGUGAAUAAAUCCACGCUUUUCUCAUGAAGAGGAUUUGGGUAAAGGCAGAGCUGAUGGAGAGACCAAACAGCAGUUUACAAGGAGGAAAACAAUCCAAAAAGUAAAAUGGGAAAGACAAAAGCCGGACAUUUUAUUGAACACACAAGCCAUAACAGGAAUGAAAAGCUUUCUGAGGAGAUGGAGAAGGAGCAGCAGGAGGAGGAGGAGGAGGAGGAGGAGGAGGAGGCCCGAGGAAGCCCAGGAAACAAAACCUUUAGCCUUUGUGUUUACGAUGCAUGUCAAAUAACGACUAUGACCUAAAACUUUUCUUUUUUUGGUAGUGAAGAUGAGGUGUUGUUUUAAAAAAACAAAACAAAAAAGAAAAAUUAUAUAACUGUAUGAUAAACUUACAAGGGGGGGAAGCCUGGGGAUCAAUUUGUAAAAUGUGUGUAUUUUUUUCAGUUGUAUUUUUUAUUUUUUACGAUAACUAUUUAUUUUCUUCAGGUAUGUAUUGGAUAAAUGUACGUACGUGUUCUUGACUUCAUUUCAAAAGGUAAUCAUGAAGCAUUGAUUCAGAUAUCGCUCCCGUAUGUGUACAUUUUUGAGAACAAAUUGUGCAACGAUUUAAACAGAUUUCCAUGACUCAAGUGAUCGUGAGUUGAAAAUAUCAUCUGGAGAAAAAAAAAAAAAUAAAGAAUACUUAUGGUGAUGUACAAUGAAGAAAAAAACAAUGAUAAUAAAGGGAUCCAGGUGCUGAUAA